AUGGAGGCUCAGAAGGAUAAAUGGGAACCACCUGUAGGAGAAAAAAUCAAAAUUAAUUUUGAUGGAGCUGCAGGGCCAAGGGGGUUUGUUUGUAGAGUAAUUGCCAGAGAUAAAGAGGCUAAAAUGCAGGGAUGUCAAAAUAGGACUAUUGAUUACUGUACUACAAUUGAAGCUGAGGCAGCUAGUGCUCUAUUGGCAAUGGAACUGGGGGUCAGUAUAAGAUUCAGAGAUAUAGUAUUAGAAGGUGACUCUCUAAAUGUUAUCAAUGCUCUGAAAUACAAGCAUCACAAUACAAACUGGAGAAUUCAAAAUACAAUCAGCAGAAUCAGAGAUGAGCUGAGACAUUUCAACUAUGUGGAAUUCAGGUACAUCAAGAAGAAUGCCAAUGAUGUGGCACAUAUCUUGCAACUUUAG